AUGACCGAGAUCCAGGUGAGCCUGACAAAGCUGUCUGUGCCUGAUGAUACCUCGCAUGUUCAGGAUAUGCAGGAUCAGAUUUUCAAAGCUAAGCGUGUGCUUGCUCGUCUGGAAAGGAGCUCUGAGGUCUCUGUUGGAAGGGCUCAGUGUGUGCCGCCUUACCUGGGGGGAAAGCUGGACCUGAAGCUGCCCAAGUUCUGUGGGGACGUGGAAAAGUGGUCAGAGUUCUGGAGCCUGUUCUGUGUAUCUGUCCAUGACAACCCUGCUUAUGCACCUGUCGAAAAGCUGGUGCACUUGAAGGCGCACCUCGUCGAUCAGGCUGAGGUGGCUGUGCAGGGUCUUCCCAUCACUGACCAGGGCUACUUGAAGGCUGUGGAGACCCUGAAGGAAAGGUUUGAUCGCCCAGAUUUGUGCAUUAAGGUGCUGAUGCAGAGAUUGUUGUCCACCACCCCUGUGCACAGUGACAAUGACUUGGUCCGCUUGCGACGCAUGAUUGAUGGGCUGGUUUCUGAGGUCAGGGCGCUGGAGACGAUGAACGUGUUGCCUGACUCAUAUGCUGUCCUGCUGAUGCCUGUGCUAUUGUCUUGCAUCCCUGAGUCAUGGAAGAUUGAGUGGCUGAGAUGCAGUGCUGACUCAUCUGAUGAACUCACAGUCUUCCUGAAGUUCCUGCAGAAGGAGAUGAGCAUCAGGGAGGAGGCAGCUGCUCGGAGGAAGAGGAUCACCAGUGAGCAGCCACCUACCGCAGUACCUGGGAAGCCGACAGUCAGCAUGCUGAACGUGAGGCAGAAGAAGGGACCUGACUGGGUAUGUCUGGCAUGCGGAACGGGUAAGCAUGGCCUGGCUGCGUGUUCGGCCUACCGCACCAUGACUGUGCCUGUUCGCUGGGAUGUUGUGCGCCAGGCUAAGCUCUGCUACCAGUGUCUUGGUCCCCAUCUGCUGCGUGCUUGCCACAGCACCCGAUGCCCAUGGUGUGGUGGCCCGCACCACUCGUCAUUGCACCCGCCGCCCGGAGAGCAUGCAGCCCUCAUGCCUACUGAGAGAUGUGUACCUGAUCGCGGACCUUUGUCACCCCCUGCCGCUGCUGCUGUGUCUGAGAGUCGCAUGCCUGAUCGCAGACCAUUGCCGCCCCCUGCUGCUGCUGGUACUUUUUCUGCCAACCAGGGACGGAUGUGCAUGGGCGUGCGGAGCCAGCAGCACUGCUACGUGCAGACGGCGCUCGUGGAGGUGGCUGGUCCUCGGGGCGUGCGUCUAGUACGCGCGCUGAUUGACGGCGGGGCAGACGCCUCCUUCAUCCGGGCUUCACUGGCUGACCAGCUGGGACUCGAGAAGGUCGGCCAGGGGACCUUCGCGUGUGUCGGAUUCAAGGAAAGAGUUGAGGAGGCUCACCAGUACGACCAAGUAAGCGCGCGGCUCACUGGAUACCAGAAAGCAGACGACCCGGCAGCGGCACGCCUACCGCUGUCAGCUGGUUGA